AUGAAGGUAAAAAGACAGAGAAAGAAACAAUGGAAGCAGAUAUAUCAGGUAUUUUGUUUUAUCUUCUUUAUCAUUGAUACCAAUGGGCAGUUACAAUAUUCAGUAUUUGAAGAAGUGAAGCAAGGAUCUGCAAUCGGAAAUGUUGCAAAAGAUAUUGGAUUAAAAGUAAAGGAAUUAGCAAAUAGGAAUUUGCAACUUAUUUCAAAGUCAAAAAAACUAAAUUUCAAUGUGAAUUUGGAAAAUGGAGAUUUAUAUGUCUUAGACAGAAUUGAUAGAGAAACAUUAUGUGGAAUAAAACCUACCUGCUUUAUAAAUUUAGAGGCUGUAAUCGAAAAUCCUUUGAAUUUUUACACAAUCACCAUUGAAAUCCAGGAUGUGAAUGAUAACUCUCCGAAAUUUUCAGAUAAAAAAAUUGAUUUAGAAAUCAGUGAACUUACCUCUCCUGGUGCCCGCUUUGCUUUAGGGAAUGCGCAAGAUCCAGAUUUAGGUACCAACUCAAUACAAAGUUAUACAUUAAGUGGUAAUGAACACUUUGGUCUUGGAGAAAAAAUUACAACAGAUGGAAUAAAAUACCCAGAAAUUAUACUAGAAAAAUCAUUGGACAGAGAAGAGCAAAGUUUAUAUGAGCUAAUAUUAACAGCAUUGGAUGGAGGUAACCCACAGAAAUCAAGCACUGCUACAAUUAAGAUUAUUGUCCAGGACUUUAAUGACAACCUACCUAUGUUUAGUCAGGAUACAUAUCACAUAAGACUAAAUGAAAAUGCAGCUGUUGGAUCUCUUGUAAUUCAGCUAAAUGCGACUGAUGAAGAUGAAGGUUCUAAUGGUCAAAUAACAUAUUUCUUUAGUCAUAUUCCUGACAAUGCAUGCCAAUUAUUUACCAUUGAUUCAUUAAAUGGGGGUGUAAAAGUAUUAGGAAACUUGGACUAUGAAACAUCAGAUACCUAUGAAAUGAUCGUAGUGGCAAAAGAUGGUGGAGGUCAUGUGACACAUUGCAAGGUAUCAAUACAAGUAAUAGAUGUCAAUGACAAUACACCAGAAAUAACUAUCACAUCUCUCUCAGCUACAAUCUCAGAAGAUUCACCACCAGGAACUGUCAUAGCAUAUUUAAAUGUCCAUGACCUGGACUCUGGUAUUAAUGGUGAAGUUGCUUGUGAUAUCUCAGACAUUUUGGCUUUUCAGCUAAUUCCAUCCUCUAGUAGUUACUAUAAACUAGUAACUGCAGGUAGCAUGGACCGAGAAAGAAACCCGUCUUACAAUGUUAACAUACAAUGUAUAGAUAGUGGAUCUCCUCCACUCUCUACCAAUAAAACUAUUCAACUAAACAUAUCAGAUGUUAAUGACAAUGCUCCAGUCUUUGAGAAGAUGAACUAUGUUCUAUAUAUUGGAGAAAAUAAUCAACCAGGUACAUCAAUACACAAUCUCCAAGCUUCAGAUUUUGAUUGUGAUGAAAAUGGGAAAAUUACUUAUAUCAUUUUGAAUAGUAAUUUAGAAGAUAUUCCUGUGACAUCAUAUAUUUCAAUUAAUUCUAUAAGUGGAGUGAUUUAUGCCCAGAGAUCAUUUGACUAUGAGCAGUUGCGGGAAUUUCAGUUCCAGGUGAUGGCUAAAGACAGUGGAUCUCCUUCUCUAAGCACUAAUGUCACAGUGAAGAUAUGUAUCAUUGAUAAGAAUGAUAAUGCUCCUAAAAUUCUCUACCCAUCACCAGAGACUGAGGGAUCAGCAUUAUUUGAGUUUAUUCCUGACUCUGCUGAGAAAGGUUAUCUGGUCACCAAAGUGAUUGCAGUGGAUGCUGACUCUGGACACAAUGCCUGGCUCUCCUACCACUUACUACAUGUUUUAGAACCAUCAUUAUUCACUAUUGGACAAUAUACUGGAGAAAUCAGGAUUGGAAGAGAUCUUCCAGACUCAGAGUCUUUAAGACAAAAAAUUGUGGUUCUGGUGAAGGAUAAUGGAGUCCCAUCUCUGUCAUCUACAGUGUCAGUUAAUUUAGUUGUAGCUGACAACUUUCAACAGGUUCUACCAGAGAUAAGAAGACAACCUAAUACAUCAAUUACUUCUUCCAAUGUAACUUUCUACUUGGUAGUUUCCAUAGGUCUUAUUUCAAUUCUAUUCAUUGUAACUGUGUUAAUUACAAUAGUGUUAAAGUGCAGGAAAUCGAAUUCUCCUACAACCUAUGGAGCUUAUAGUGGGAAUCUAUACCCUCAGUUCACCCUGCAAUGUCCUUCUGAGAUCAGUGAUACAAGUUUACCUUUCCCAUUCUCAUAUGAUAUGUGUGUGACUUUGGACUCAAAGCAGAAUGAAAUAGCUUAUCUGAAACCAGUGCAGAACAUUCCCACAGACAAUCUCAUAGACACUGAAGAAUCAGCUAUGAAUUAUUCAUCCAACAGUAACUUGACGACUACGACUACCAAUAUUACACAGGUAUGGAAGUACUUCUUGAAAUCCUAUCUAUUGAUAAUAUUUUCAUUUUUGCAAUGUUCUUGA